CUCUCUCUCUCUCUCUACCACCCUGUUCUUCAGCAAUGGCUACGUGGGUCUUGUCCCAAUGUGGCCUGAAACCGCUCCCUCAAGCCAUCCCCAGAUCGCAACUCCAAAGGACACCCACGAAGAAUAACAGAUUUUUCCCGUCAAAGCAUGUCCGUCUCGCAGAUCUGAAGCUCCGCCCAACCGGACCACCGUGCGGGCCUCUCUUGCCGACCCGGGUGAGCGCCCCAUUGCGGGUCUAUCCGAUCAGCGAGGAAGAUGACGAAGGAGAGAAGAGAACGCGGAACGGGGUCGUCAACGAGGAAGGAGAAAGAGGAGGAGGAGGAGGAGAGGAGUUCUUCGACCCCGGGUCCGCGCCGCCGUUCAAGCUGGCGGACGUGAGGGCAGUGAUCCCGAAGCGCUGCUGGGUGAAGGACCCGUGGAGGUCCAUGAGCUACGUCCUGAGGGACGUCGCCGUCGUGUUCGGGCUCGCCUGUGGGGCGGCGUUUUUGAACAGCUGGGUCGUGUGGCCGCUCUAUUGGGCCGCCCAAGGCACCAUGUUCUGGGCCCUCUUCGUUCUCGGCCACGAUUGUGGGCACGGGAGUUUCUCGAACGAUCCCAAGCUGAACAGUGUGGUGGGGCAUCUACUUCAUUCCUCCAUUCUCGUGCCUUACCAUGGAUGGAGAAUUAGCCACAGAACUCAUCAUCAGAAUCACGGGCACGUCGAGAAUGAUGAGUCAUGGCAUCCGUUAUCAGAGAGAAUCUACAAGAGCUUGGACGCCAUUACAAGGACUCUCCGCUUCGCGGUCCCUUUUCCCAUGCUUGCCUACCCCUUCUAUCUCUGGAGCAGAAGUCCAGGGAAAAGAGGGUCUCACUUUCACCCGGAGAGCAACCUGUUCGUGGCAAGCGAGAGGAAAGAUGUGAUGACAUCCACAGCGUGUUGGACGGCCAUGGUGGGCUUGCUUGUGGGACUGUCCUUCGUGAUGGGUCCUCUCCAGUUGCUCAAGCUCUAUGGCAUCCCUUAUUGGAUUUUUGUGAUGUGGCUGGACUUUGUGACUUACCUACAUCACCAUGGUCAUGAAGACAAACUCCCUUGGUACAGGGGAAAGGAAUGGAGUUACUUAAGAGGCGGGCUCACCACGCUGGAUCGCGACUACGGGUGGAUCAACAACAUUCACCAUGAUAUCGGAACUCACGUCAUACACCAUCUUUUCCCUCAAAUCCCUCACUAUCACUUGAUUGAAGCCACGGAAGCGGCAAAGCCGGUGCUCGGGAAAUAUUACCGGGAGCCAAAGAAGUCGAGCCCGUUGCCUUUCCAUUUGAUCGGGAUGUUAAUACAAAGUUUGAAGAGAGAUCACUACGUCAGCGACACUGGGGACGUCGUCUUCUACCAAACUGACCCUAAGCUUGGUGGUGGUGGCUCUUCAAGUUCUGAUGCUAAGUGAGAAAGCUUUCAAUGCAGCAGUUAAACAGACACCAAACAGGGAGUUUCAACUUCAAUCACUGUUGAAGCCCAACUCUUGACACUUAGAUGAAGCUUCGUAUCAGAUAAAUCUCUGACGUUUCACUUGAUUGAAGAAGCUGCGAGGACAAGCCACUCUUCGUUCCUGUACACAAGCCACUAGCAUAUGAGGCGGAGACAGAGAAAGAUCAUGAUUGAUAUAUAUGGAACGCUUAACUUUGUGAAUUAGCUUGUGAUUGUAAUAUGUAAAGCAAGAAGUUGUAAAUUUACUUUUGAAGAGGAAUAAUUCGUCUCUACAUCCUCUUUUGUCCUGUGUCAAGAAUGUCUAGGAAUGACAAUUGAUGAAGAUAAUUUUCAGUUC